GUUAUGUCAUCUGGGUUUAUUUUGGUCUGGCCAAUCCAAUCCAAGCCGGCAUAGAAUUGCCCGUCACCAGACCAAGACUAGUCCGAAUUCUCUGCAGGAUUCGGGAGCCAACAGAAGCAGCGGAAGGACCAUGACGACGGCCGUGCUGGGCGGCGGGCUGAGCGGCCUGUCCGCCGGAUACUACUUGUUGCGGCGGUUCGGCAAGCCGCUGACCAUCUACGAGGCCUCGCCCCGAGUGGGCGGGUGGGUGCGUACGGAGAACCGCAAAGACCGCAACUUCAUCUUCGAGAGCGGACCGCGCACCAUACGCCCCGUUGGCCUGCCAGGAGCAAAUACACUGGAACUCGUGGAGGAGCUGCAGCUGGAGGUGACUCCCAUCCGGCGCAGUCAUGUGGCGGCCCGCAACAGAAUGCUGUAUGCCAAGGGGCAGCUCUGCAUGCUGCCCAACAGUCCCAAAGGACUCUUCGGGGUCCUGCCACCUUUUACCAAACCGCUUUACAAGGCAAUACUGCGGGAUCUGGUCACCGCGAGUAAGAAGGCCAAGCUGGAGGACGAGAGCAUCUACAGCUUCGCAGAGCGGCGGUUUGGCAAGGAGAUAGCCGACUACGCCAUUAGCCCCAUGAUCUGCGGCAUUUGUGCCGGGGAUGCCCGCGAGAUCAGCGUCCGCUUCCUGAUGGAGGGACUCUUUGAGAAGGAGCAGAAGUACGGUGGAGUACUCAAGGGAGCACUCCUUGCCCGCUUCAAAGACAAGACGGUGGACUCCAAGGAGGGCCUUUUCGCUCAGGGACAACCCAAGCUGUACGCCCAGGCGCUGCAGGAGAAAUGGGCCAUGUACGGACUGCAGGGCGGAUUGGAGAUCCUUCCCAAAGCACUGCGAAAGUACCUGGGCGAGCGGGAUGUCAACGUGCAGCUGAGCAACGAGUGCCGCAGUUUGACCUUUAGCAGCUCUGGCGUCCGGAUGACCAUCAAAGAUGCGGAUGUGCCGGUGGAGCAUGUGGUCAGCUCCCUGCCGGCUCACAAACUAGCGCCCCUGGUGAAGCAGCAGCAUCCCUCGCUGAGCGCCCAACUGCUGGAUAUACCGUACGUGGAUGUGCUGGUGGUAAACAUGCAGUUUCCAGGCAAACUGCUCAAGCAGGAUGGCUUCGGACUGCUGGUGCCGCCCGUGGAGAAGCUGCCGAUAUUGGGCGUGAUUUUUGACAGCUGCUGCUUCGAGAUGGGCGAGAACACCGUGCUCACCGUGAUGAUGGGCGGCCAUUGGUUCGACCAGUGGUUCGGCAAUCGCCCAAGCCCCAAGCAGAUCCUCGACCUGGCCACCCGGCAGGUGCAGCAGAUUCUGCAGAUCCACGAGGAGCCCAAGUUCAGUCGCGUGCACACGCUGCACAAGUGCAUACCGCAGUACACGGUUGGCCACAAGCGACGCGUGGAGGGCAUCCGGAAUUACAUCAAGACGUACAAGCUGCCGCUGUCGCUGUGCGGAGCCGCCUACGAUGGAGUGGGCAUCAACGACGUCAUCCUGUCAGCCCGGCGCCAGGUGGAGGCCAUUCCGUCCUCCUAGAUCAACCAUUCCCAAACAUACCCUUUUAUCCGUUGGCGAUUCUGUUGUAUUUGCUUAAGCUGGUUUUGUGAGUAGUAAAGUAGGUCCUUUGUACAU